UGAAUUUCAAACGGAACGGCAGCAUGUUAUUUUCUCAGUCGUGUCUCUAUUUCAGUCUACUAAUCAGCUGUGGGCUUAUCUCUGUGAGCCUAAGUGAUGUUAGUCUCAAUGCAGGUACAACUGUGCAGAAGAUUGAGGGACUCUACAAUGAGGUGUUGAAGUCUAGCAUAAACAAUUCUCGAGCUGUUUUGCCUCAUCUAAAUGAUAGCAAUGCCAUCGAUAAUCAAUUCUUUACUGAACUCGACAAGCCUCUUUGUUUAAUCAGCCAACAGAGGACAAACUAUUGGUUGCUAUACUUCCAGCUGAGAAAGUUUCUAUUCUCGAUUUUUUCACAAAAAUCAGAAUAG